AUGGGCGACUUUGUAGAGCAGCGGGGAUUGUUUCCCCUUGCUGCUGAAUUUACUAUUCCCCUUUGUUCUUUUGAAGAUGUGGUUCUGGCAUAUGGGAAUGCCAUCCAGUUUGGGAUCAUGAUCAAAGCCACAACUGGGAAAAAUGCUUUAUUUUCCUAUAAUAAGUAUGGAUGUUUCUGUGGACUAGGUGGAAAGGGAACUCCAGUGGAUGCUACUGAUAGAUCUGUACCACAAGAGCUGCUAAAGAUCGUUAUGUGUCUGUUUCUUCUAGUCAGUGCCCCCAACUCCUGCAAAAGAGAAGUUUGCAAAUGUGACCGGGCAGCUGCCUUAUGCUUCAAGAGCACUCUGAGAACUUACAAGAAGUCCUACCUCUUCUAUCCAAGUAAGAAGUGCGGAAGAAAGAAACUCACCUGCUGAGGAGGAGUAAGAGACAGGCUGCUUUGUAGCUGGUGAUUGGUUUUGUUCAUUUCUAAGGGAGAAAUUUAAACAAGGAAGACCUGAGUCUGGACCCUGCAAAGGAUUCUCUUCGGAGCCAUCCUUUCAGCCCAGACCAGGAGCCUUCCCUGGGAAUCAUGUC